GUUUCCGUCAGCAGGACCCUCCUUCUCCUGUCCUUCCUCUGCCUCUCUGCGCCUCUCCUUCACCUCCUCUCCUUCACUCCGCUGAUCCUGAACCCCCGAGGAUGGAGACGUCUGUGAAAGCAGCUGAAGCGUUGGCCCCCUCGCAGCCUGAUGUGGAUGGGGAGGUGACGGCUCCACCCGCAGCCUGCAGCUCUUCCGAACACUCGGACCCCAUGGAGGAGUUCAAGAGACGGCUCCAGGACAUUAUCAGCACCCACGGCUCUGCAACCGGCCUCCUGGACACACAGAGUCUGAUGGAGGAGGAGGUGGAAAAGAUGAAGAAGGAGCCAAAAGAUGACAUCCCAGUUGCCAUUGAGACAGAGGUCUGUCUCAUCUUGAAGAGUCUGAACAAGCUCUCUUCUCAAGAGCAGAAACUGGAAGAUGUGGUCAGGAAGUACGCCGAAGUGGCAGCCCUGCGGCGGGGUGAUGAAAAGAAGCUGUCCGUGUUGCAGCAGCGGCUGUCCGUCCUGCUGGACGAGCGGCAGCAUCUGCAGGAGGAGAGUCGCAGUAGCAUCACCGCCCGCUGCAAACUGGAGACUCUGUGCAAAGAGCUGCAGGGACACUACACUGUGCUGAGGGAGGAGACCCUUCAGCGCAGCAGGGAGGACGAGGAGAAGAGGACGGAGAUGACCAACCACUUCCAGAGGACGCUGACAGAAAUCCAGGCACAGAUCGAGCAGCACAGCUCCCGAAACGACAAACUGUGCCACGAAAAUAGCAGCCUGACCGACAAACUAGAGAAUCUCAUGAGCCAGUGCGAGAUGAGGGAGGAGAGUUUGGAGAAGAUCAACAAGCAUCGCGAGCUGCAGCAAAAACUGACUGAAGCUAAACUGAAACAGGCCAAUGCUCUGCUGACCGAAGCCGAGGAAAAACACAAGAGGGAGAAGGAAUAUUUGCUUAGGGAGGCUAUUGACAAAACAAAGAAAUGCUUCGCUAUGAAGGAGCAGGAGCUGGCCAUGAAGAAGAAGCUGAAACUCUACGGUGAGAAGUUUGAUGAGUUUCAGGCAACGCUGGCAAAAAGCAAUGAAAUCUAUGUCCGCUUCAAGAAAGAGAUGGAUAAAAUGUCAGAAAAGAUGAAGAAAAUGGACAAAGAGUCAAAUCUGUGGAAGACAAGGUUUGAGAACUGCAACAAGGCUCUGACUGACAUGAUGGAGGAGAGAACCACAAAGAUGAAGGAGUAUGACGUGUUCGUCCUGAAGAUUCAGAAGCUGGAGAGGUUGUGUAAUGCCCUACAGAGCGAGAGGGCAAUCCUCUAUGAAAAGAUCAAGGAAAUCCGCCAGACUAACUCCAACAUCCCAUCAAAGGUCUUCGGCAGUUCUAAAGUUGAUGAAAUCCCCACCCCAGAGGAUCCUGACAAACCUGCCAUUCUGACCCCUGUGGAGCUCCAAGAGCUUCAGGAGCUACAGAAGGAGGACCCAGUCCUAACGGAGGGCAUGUCCCGUCUAAAGGAGGAGCAGGCCAAGCUGCAGGAGAUUGCAGCUGCCCUGUUGGCCAAACCGUCCGACAAUGACGAAGAGGACAAUGAUGAUGAAGACACUGAAGAAGACUUGAUGUCUUCUGUGUUUGCCCAGUUCAAGACCAAAUCUCAGGUUACAGAGGAGGCGGUUUCAGUCCCUCAGCAGGUGGCUGAUGUCAAAGCAGAGGCAGCAGAAUCAGUUCUCCCACAGCCAGAUAAAGUCGAGGAGGUUUCAAAGCCAGCCAUGUCGACACCUGUGGAGAACACAGCUGAUGUGAUACCAACAGAGACAAAACCAGAAGCUGUAAAAGUUCAAACCCAGGUCGAGGAGAAAGAGGUGAAACCAGAUAAGGCGAUCCAGCAGCAACCAGCUGAACCGGUACCGACAUCUGAGCCUGAGAAAGUCAAGAUCGAUCCACCAACAAACCCAAAACCAGAAGCAGAAGAGGCUGAGAUCUUAGUCAAGGCCGCUGAGGUCAACCCAGUGGUCCCAGUGGAAGACGAGAAGGUCCAGGCUGAACCAGUGAACGUACAAAAGGAAGCACCAACUAAGUCAGAGUCAGCUCCACCCUCCAAUGACACACCUAAAGCAACUGCCUCCUCCAAUGCUGAGUCCUCCAAAAAGCAAACAUCAAAGAAAAAGAAGAAGAAGAACGGAAAGAAUGCUAGCUAAAGUGGAGGAUGUGCAGAAGGUGUGUGUGUGGUGUUAUUUGGGUAGGUGUGUGUGCGUAGAUGAAAUCCAACUGCACCUUUCUUUUAUUUGUCCCAACUGGUGCAGCCAGAAAGUGUUGUCACUGUCAUUUUUCCCAAGAUUCAAUGUAACCAGAUGAGGACAGACAAAUAAACUGACUGUAUUUUACAGUUUGAAUGUCUAAAUAAACGUUUAGUAUGACCUGGGCAAUGGAACGAAAGGCCUAACUGAAUUAAUAACAAAGUCUAAAGUAUUUAGUGUUAUCAAAAGGGCCAUACAGAGUGAAAGUGUUUUCCUUUUGUAAAGCAGAAUGCCAAAACAAAGCCAUUGGUUGGUAUCUAUGCCAGUAAAAUUGCAGUGUCUCUUUUAAACAAAACAAAUCACAUUCACAGACUCAAUUAAAGUGAUUUUUGUUAAUGUUA